AGUUCCAGCAGUCAGCAUCUCUCUCAUCUGUCCGCCUCACAAGUCAAGUUGUCGCUGCUGUUGUUGCGGCGGCGGCUCUUCCCAGAUCGGCAGCGGCAAGUCCUUGUUGUAGCCGGUCGAGCAGGCGGGCGGGCGGGCGGCGGCAAUGGGUCACCCUUACGCGCCGGCGGACCUGGAGGUGCCGGGCUUCGUGCCGCUACGGCUGUCGCAGGGCGAAAUCCUCGUGACCUACAUCGGUGCCUCCCUCUUCGUCCUCCUCGCCGUCUGGCUAGGCUCCGGAAGAUGUGGCAGGUUAUCCAAGACCGAGCGGCUGCUCAUGUGCUGGUGGGCAUUCACAGGGCUGACCCAUAUAAUAAUCGAGGGGCCCUUCGUCUUCACCCCUAACUUCUUCAAGAAGGAGAACCCCAAUUUCUUCGAUGAAGUUUGGAAAGAGUACAGCAAGGGGGACUCUAGGUAUGUUGCUAGGGACACCGCGACUGUUACGGUUGAAGGGAUUACCGCGGUAUUGGAAGGCCCUGCAUCGCUGCUAGCUGUCUACGCUAUUGCAUCCCGGAAGUCCUACAGCCAUAUUCUUCAGUUCUCUGUCUGCUUGGGUCAGCUCUAUGGAUGCUUGGUUUACUUCAUUACCGCCUACUUGGAUGGCUUCAAUUUCUGGGCCAGUCCCUUCUACUUCUGGGCAUACUUCAUAGGUGCAAACAGUUCAUGGGUUGUGAUACCAACGCUCAUUGCCAUGAGAUCCUGGAAGAAGAUCUGUGGAGCAUUUCAAGCUGAAAAGGUGAAGAACAAAUAAAAACCUUGGCCACCGUUUGGUCAGAACUCAGACUUGACACCGAAAUUCUUAUGUUUGUACUGAAAACUGCUUGUACCCUUUGCUCAAACAACAUUGUAAUGCAAGAAAAUGUGAUUUGUUCCCCCAUCAAAUAGGGUUGCUGGUUAUUCCUUCGAAAUAAUAAAAGUUGUCAGUUGUCACCAUGAA